ACAACAAAUUAUCAUCCGUGUAAGCUGUUGCUCAUUGGAGAUGAAGCUUUCCCAGUGCUGGUGAGCACCAACGGGCAAGUGCUAACUGCAGCAUCUUGUUAUGGGAAGGGCCGGAAGGUGGUUGUUUCCCAUGAGGGAAUUUUGAAGGACUCCAAGUUUUCCCAGUUCCUUAGAAAUGCUGCAGAGUGGCUCAAGCCUUCCCCCGAGGCCCUGGUUGGAGUCCAUCCUCAUUUGGACUCCCUCUCCCAGCUGCUGCUCGGGGCUGGCACCAAAGUACAGGCUGGGGCAGAGCUCAGCUCCUCCCUGGGGGUGUACUGUAUGGAUGCCUAUGACAGUACACAGGCAAAAGACUUGGUCGGCUUUGUAAAGAGGGGUGGAGGGCUGCUAGUUGGUGGCCAGGCCUGGCACUGGGCGAGUCAACACGGCAAGGAGAAGGUUCUGUUUGAAUUUCCUGGGAACCGGGUGACCAGCGUGGCUGGUGUGUACAUUACAGGCAGCGAGGGAGAGACUGGCACUUUCUCAGUGUCCAAAGAAAUGCCAAGGAUGCCUCUGAUCACCCAGUCUAGAAGCAUGGAGAAGCACUUGGCUUUAUAUUCCUUUAUAUUCCAGAAGAAUAGCCACUCUGCAUUUUCCUGCUUCUGCUGUUGCAGCUAAGCUACAGGGGAAACCGACAUCUCUGCCUGGCAGUCAACCAUCCGUCAGUACCCAGCACCCUGGGCUGAGCUGGCCACAGAGAACAUCAUCCUGACAGUACCAGCUGCUGUUGCACACCACAUGGACAACCCAGAGAGUCUGCUUUCCAUCUGCAACAAGAUGAUGAAUGCAAUAGCCAGACUGGCAGCUAUCCCAGCAACUUUUCCAAGGCCAGAGAGGAUGGUGGCAGAUGUCCAGAUAUCUCAUGGCAAGUAUAAUAACUAGAACAUUUUGUCUUUGUCUGUGGUGGAUAUUUGUAAGGGAAAUACACAAGGCAGUAACAUUAUCACAAGAUCAUGCAAAUACUCAAAUCAGCGGAUGUAUCCCGCCGAAUUCAAGGAGACUGCUCGUAAGAAUCUCCUGUGAACGUCAAGAACUUGUUGUACACAGAAGUAACACAUUCUGCUGCUAAAUCUGAGGCUAUCCCAGGGUAAAACACAGUGGAGGAAGACAGGCUGGCCACCAAAUGACACAUGUACUGUGUCGUGUUAUUCUUGUAACUGUGGGAGUGAGUUUAUACUAAUUGCAACAGAAAGAAGGGAAACAGAGCUAGGUGUUUCAGGCAGGACAAAUGAGAUCUUGAAACUUAAUUUAAGGCAUGUAAC